AUGAGCAAAAGACAGAAUCCAUCAGAUUUCUUGAAGCAGAUCGUCGGAAAACCAGUUGUAGUGAAGCUGAAUUCUGGAGUUGACUACAGAGGUAUGUGUUUCGAUAAUGUUACUUUAUGACUCUGAAGGGUAUUCCUUACCAUCUUUGGUAUUAAGAGCUUGUAAAUAUAUUCUUUAUGGUGUUUAUCUUGUUUAUAGUUAAUUUGCAAUAAAAAAUGACUUUUUACCAAGAGAGAAGGUGGCCUAAAAGUGUUGUAUUAUGUAUAUUUGUUGUAUGAGUUAUAAAAUAUUAAAACUUCAGGCGUUCUCUCAUGUCUUGAUGGCUUCAUGAACAUUGCUCUGGAACAGACGGAAGAGUACCAAAACGGACAGCUCAAAAACAAGUACGGCGACGCCUUCAUCCGUGGUAACAACGUUCUGUACAUCAGCACUCAAAGACGAUGA